UUAGUAGUAUAUAUCACGUGAUUAGAGAAUGCCAAAAUGUCGGAGGACAUGGAAAACGGAGGAAGGAGUGAUUCUGCUGGCAUUCUGGCAGUGAAGCCAAACCCAGGAUUAAAGUUUGAGAAAAAAUUAUCGGAGACUGAAAGAUCUACAAGGGAUAUCAAACUUAUAAACGUUGGCAAGAAAAAGAAGGACGUGAAGUUCGUUUUGACUCCGACCAAGAAGCGACUUUUGAGUCGGUCAAUUUCAGCUUCGUCAUCCACAGAUAGCUUUGAUUCAACUUCAUACACUGGAAGUUCUUCAGAUGAAGAUGAUGUCAAUCCAAGAGAAAAAGUACAGAAAAAUUCCAAAGGAAGUGCAGAUUUCUGUGUCAGGAAUAUUGACCAUGCUGCAUUUGGAAGAAGAGAGAUUGAAAUUGCUGAGCAAGAAAUGCCUGGAGUGAUGGCAUUAAGAAGACGAGCUGAAGCUGACAAGCCUCUUUCUGGUGCAAAAAUUAUUGGUUGUACACACAUCACUGCUCAGACUGCUGUUCUGAUAGAGACAUUGGCCGCACUAGGAGCAUCUGUAAGAUGGGCUGCCUGUAAUAUCUACUCUACACAGAAUGAAGUUGCUGCAGCCCUUGCAGAAGCAGGAUAUUCUAUCUUUGCUUGGAAAGGUGAAUCAGAAGAAGAUUUCUGGUGGUGUAUAGAUAAAUGUAUUAACUGUGAAGGAUGGCAGCCUAACAUGAUUUUGGAUGAUGGUGGGGAUGCCACACAUUUGAUGUUGAAACGUUAUCCAGCCAUGUUUAACAUGAUUAAAGGAAUCGUGGAGGAAAGUGUGACUGGAGUUCAUAGGUUAUAUCAGCUAUCAAAAGGAGGAAAAUUAACUGUUCCAGCAAUGAAUGUCAACGAUUCUGUCACAAAGACAAAGUUUGAUAAUCUGUACAGUUGUAGAGAGUCAGUUUUAGAUGCAUUAAAGAGAACAACUGAUGUUAUGUUUGGUGGGAAACAGAUCCUUAUAUGUGGAUAUGGUGAGGUAGGAAAAGGUUGUUCUGCUGCAUUGAAAGGUCUAGGCUGUAGUGUAAUGGUCACAGAAAUUGACCCUAUAUGUGCUCUGCAAGCUUGUAUGGAUGGGUUCAGAGUUGUACGACUUGAGGAGGCCAUAAAGAGUAUAGAUAUUUUAAUAACAUGUACAGGUAAUAAGAAUGUAGUGACCAGAUCCCACAUGGAUAGGCUGAAGACUGGUUGUAUUGUAUGCAAUAUGGGGCACUCCAACACAGAAAUAGAUGUUGGUAGUUUACGAACCCCAGAUCUCACAUGGGAGCAAGUUAGAUCUCAAGUUCACCAUAUCAUAUGGCCUGAUGGAAAACGUAUUAUAUUAUUAGCAGAGGGUCGUCUAGUAAAUUUGAGUUGUUCUAGUGUUCCUUCAUUUGUUGUCUCCAUCACAGCUGCUACUCAGGCAUUAGCAUUGAUAGAACUAUACAAUGCACCUCCAGGCAGAUAUAAACAAGAUGUCUACCUCUUACCAAAGAAAAUGGAUGAAUAUGUAGCCAGUUUACAUUUACCAAACUUUGAUGCACAUCUGACAGAACUAUCAGAUGAACAAGCUAAAUACUUAGGAUUAAAUAAAACAGGACCCUUCAAGCCAAAUUAUUAUAGAUAUUAAGGAGAACAGAAUAGUUGGAGAUUACCCACCAUUCCACAACAUGCCACGACAAUAAACAUAUCAUGUGAUUUGAUCAUGUGACAGACAAUAGUUUUCUUUAUUUCCUGCAUUUUUUCUUUGAAAUUGAACAGAAAAUCAUUUGACUAAAGACAAAGCAAAUUACUUUUUUUCAAUAUUUGUAGGUUUUUUGGUAAGAAAGCUCUUGUUUGUUUUUAAUAUUUUUUGCAUGAAGUUUAACUUUUGUAUAUUCCAUUUCAUGUCACAAAGGAAAUACAGAGAACUUUUAUAGAGCUAAAAUUUCUAAUUUCCCAAACACUUGUAUUGCAAAAACAAGCACCCAUACCUAUUUUUGUAUUAUGAUAAUUUUGUUUGGUGUGUUUUAUUAAUUUUGAUAUUGAAGAGAGAUGUCAUUUUUGAAAAUAUUCUUAUUUUAUAACAUUAACAUAGAACAUCCUUACAUAAAAGUUUUAAAUGAAAUAAGCUAUAAUAGUGAGAUUAGAUAUUAAACUCGUAGUUCAGAAGACCUGAAUUUAUUGCAAUCCUGUUUUUAAAUUUUCAUAUUCUGAAAGAAACUGUGAUAGUGUGUUUAAACAGUGAUUAAUGAUAGUAUAAAAGUAUGUUGUUAAUACGCUGUCAAGCUAGAACAUUGACAAAUUUCUAAUCUGAUGUUACUGUCUUUCUUUCACAAUCAACCAACUAAAUGAUUGUGUUUUCAUAUUUACUUGUAAAGAUAGUUUGAUCAUCUGGUCACUUUGCACAUAGGAUUUUAUUAUAUGCAGUCUGAAGAAUUGAAUUCAUAUAACUUAACUGAAUCAUAUAAAAUAUACCAAAGAUUCCUAGGUUAUGGUUUAUGUGUGCAAUAAUGAAAUCCUUAUACAAAUAACAAAAAAUAUGUAUUAUAACUUAAUUUUUAAAAACAUGACACUACCUGAUCUGGUGACUGUUCAUUCUGAUAUUGUUGGAUUAAAAAUCAUAAUGGCCAGUUUGAAAUUUACUUAAGCAUUUCUGAACAAUAGUCUUGUGUCAGUUUCAUUGUAACAGUUCUAUUUCACUUAAUUAUUAUUAAAUCAAACACUUACAUUCUUCUUGUAGUGUUCUGUAUGAGUUUUCAUGGACCCCAGGAACCAAUAUUGAAUCUACAGCCUUGGUAAAGUUUUAUUCAUAAGGUCUAUGAAAACUUGUAUCAACUUCAAAUAAAAUACUGUUAAUUUGGUUAGAAAUUCACGAAAAGGCAGCCUUCAGGUGACUAAAUUUUUUUAUUUGAUGCCUAAGCUAGUAAUAUUUUAUUUAAUAUGUAUAAAAUUGGAGAGUUCUGAAUCAUCUUUAAAUACUGAAGCCUCGUACACAAGAGGUUUGGACACCUGAUGAGAAAAAGCUAACAAAUAACCAUUAAAAUGUUUUAGGUUUCUUAGGAUUUGGCACAACUUUCAGAAUUUCGAUUUUAAUGCUCUUCAACUUAGUUAUAUUUCAUUUGGCUUUGCAAAUGUUUUGAUUAGAGCAGCACUGAUGAUUCUUAUGUAGACAAAAUAUGUGUCUGGUAUUCCAAAAAACUCAUCAAAGAUACCAGGCUUUUAAUGUUGUAUGCCAGAUGUGCGUUUCAUCUAUAUAGGACUCAUCAGUGGUGAUUAAAAUUAAAAAUAAAAAAACAGUUGGAAUGCCAAAUCAAAUACUAAGUUAAAGAACAUAAAUUACUGUGUCAAAUUCAUUAGGAGUUUAGCAACUUUUAUUUUUGUCUUAUUAACAUAAGUAAAAGUGUAAUGAAUCAAAACCUAUUCAUAUAAAAGGGGAAAAUGAUAAAAUUUAAGAUAUUAUGGAAGGAAAACAUAAUUUCCAAUAAUAUUGGUUGAACUAGUUUUAUAACUAUUUCAAGUUUCAAUCAAAAUUUCUUCUUGAGUUGAAUUUCAGAUGAAUUGUUUGUCCAUAGUCACUGUAAGAAAUUUUGCUUCCAUUCCUGUUUUCUUUUUUUUCAUCUAUUUUAAUAUGUAUAUAAUGUAGUUUAAACUUUUGUUCAUUCUUUUGAAUCUCAGAUAUUUUUAUUCAGAUACGAACAUAGUUUGACUGGAGAUGUAGUUAUUUUCCAUCUCCUCAUUUUCGUUUUAUUGAAAAACAAAAUGCAUUUGAUGAUGAAUAAGUCAUAAAAUGUAUGUAUAAAUUACCAACUUUUUUUUUGUAGAUUUUCCUUGUUUUCUGUGAUUUGUUUAGUUACAUAUCUGUAUAUACACAAAUGUAAUGUAUAAACAGAAGUAAUGUAUUUUAGUUUUAUUUGAUUUUAAUUGAUUUUUAUUUUUUAUUGAAAAUAACACUUCAUAUAAUAAAAGGUUUGAUACAAAUUUUCAGAUCUAGACAUACUUGAACUUUGCAUUAAUAUGUAUUUAUUAAUUAAUGUUUGAAAAUAUUUUCCUUAAAAAGAAAAAUACAUUUAUAAGAUUAUAAAAAAUAUUUUAGAGGAAUUUUUUUAUUUGAAAACAAAAACAAAACCUGUUGUAAAAAGGCAUUACAAAUUUGCAGUAGGUACUGAUUAUAAUGAGAAGCACAUUUUUUAGAUGACAAGUGCAUUGUUGAAAUUGCAAAAUUCUAAUAAAUAUGAAAAUAUAACAUUUAUAACCUAGUGACUUUUUUUUACUUGAUUGAAUCAUUUUCAGGUCAUUAUUCCUGUGUUUUUUUAUGCACAUAGCUAUAUAUAGUAGAUCAAAAGUAUUCAUGACAAGAUGACAUAUUUUUAAGUAAACAAGUAAUGAGUAAAAGUUUUAUGGGUGGUGGAAGAGGAAGAAUGACCAAAAACAAGAGGAUUGUGUGUAUAUUACACAUUAUUAAAUAAUAUUUAGUAUCAUAAUUUGAAAAAAGAGUAAAUUGAGAAAAAAAAAUGGAAAGUGAAAUUUAAUUAAGAAAAAUGUGGAAUUUAAAGUGUCUAGCCAAAACAGAAAAUAAUGCAACACAGCCAUUUUAAGAAAAAAAUUUUUUUUUAUUGCUAUCAGUUCAUCCACAUUGUCCAUAUUUUUAUGUGAAAUAACAAAAUUGUGUUUUCAUGUAAAAGUCUAACAUGAUAAUAAAAAAAGAUGUGAUCAAUUCAAGGCAAGAAAUUCACAAAAUGGAUGGUCAAAUUUAACACUUUAAAAGCUGAGAGUUAACUACUUUGCUGUCAUGGAUGCAAUUGUAGCUUAAUUUUCUGUUUUGUCUAAGGAUAUCAAUAUGGUGGUGUAUAAAUGGUUUUGGGAAUAUAAAAGUCAUAAUGGAAAGAAGUUAAUAGAUAUAUUGUAUGAUAAGAUGUAAUUCAGUUUCUGUGAUAUGCUUUAUAAAGAUUGUAUUGCAGAUGGAAAUUUACACAUUUCCUUAGAAAGGAGUUUUUAAGUAAAGAUUUUUGGUUUUUUUUAUAGGAUAUACUUUUGGAAAAAUUAAUAUCUAAAUGGAUUUUUCACAUGUUAAAAAGUAAUUUAGUUAUAUGUAAAAACCUUUUUAACUACAAUAUGCAAAUCAAAAUUUGUUUAUAGUGUUAAAUGCUUCUCUAAAUUCUAGGCUUUAGUGGUAAGAUAAAUUUUGACUAUCAUAUAUGAGAAAAAGGAUAAAAAAUUCUAGUCUGAAAAUUUUUUGCUUAAUUUUCAAAAUAGUUCAUUAUCCAAUACAUUAGGUGACUAUGCAGCAGUUUUUAUGUAUUCAUAGCAUUCAGGGACAGUUGUAAAUAGUAUUAUCUCUCCUUAGUUACUUCAUUGAAACUGCACUGCAUUAUGGUAACAUUCCAGUGCCAAAAUUGAUUGAAAGAGACUGGUGAAUAGAACAUACAUUUGCAUAUUUAUAAGUAAAAUUUUAGGGAUGCAUCUUCUUGAAGACCCAUUAAAAUUCAGCAGACAUCAACACUUGAUUGAUUAAGUUUGAUUGACCACAUUUCCAUAGCUCUCCAUACAUUAUACUUUCUAUGCAGUGCAGUUUCUAUGUUGCCAGAACUUUUACGAUAAUAUAAAAGCUAUAAAAAAGCUGAGAAUGAAAUUGAUGUGUGUUAUUUGUUACACUUUAUAUGGAUAUGUAAUUACACAUAGCAAACAGUCACUAUUUAUAUUACAUGUCACUUUAUAUAGAAUAAAUGUAUUAUUAUAUAAAGACAAAUUCAUGAAAGGUCAGUGUUUAAUGUGAUUGUUAGUUAGAAUAAGAGAUUUCAAAUGAUUUAGUGUGAUUACCAUGGUAACAAAGCUGUUACUCUAGAGUCAAUUAUGUUACAAGUCAGAAAUUGUUAGAAAUAAAAGCAGUUUAUAAAUGA